AUGGGAAGUAAGCAGAGCAGCCAGUCACUUAACAACAGUAGAAGUAGUGGGAGUGAUCCAACGAUAUCACCUCGUCGUUCAUGUAGUCCAGUUCAACGUGCAUGUAAAAAGGGGUGUAAACUGAGUCGAAGUGAGACGUAUAUAGAGCAAGACAAGGCUUUUAAAUACAUUGAGAGAUAUACAGAGCUCAUGCAAAGAGUCAACAACUUUGAGAACAAAUUUGUGAACCAGAGCUAUGAGAAGAUAAUUGAGGAGGUUGGGUGUAUUGACGAAAAGUCGAUUGAACUUUCUGAAGAGUUCAUUCACGCUCACGCAGUAAAGAAGGUGUUUGCUACAGUCGACUAUGAAAAGUCGCAAAUGUAUGUGAGAGACUUGCACUUGGCGUGUAUCGGAAGAGAAGGAAAUGGGUGUAAGUUCCAGGAGAACCACGACAAAAUCGAAGUCUUGUUAUGGAAGGUCAAAGCAGAUAAAGAGAUCCAACUCAGAAAUGAAUACCUCAAAAGUAUCGACGACUUUGGGGAAUUGUAUAGCGGAAAUGCAAAUGAGAAAGACUUGGACGCCAUGUUCAAGAAGAUUGAAAAUAGUGUCAGGAUGUAUUUGAAAGCAAAAGAGUUAGAAAAUGAACAACUACAGUCGGAACAGAAUUAUAUAACUCGUGGAUUUAUACAACAAUUCCCAAACUAUAGAGUCCCUGUCUGA